UUUUCCCUCUACUUUUUCGCGCCACCUUUCUUUGUUUCACACUUGUGCUGGAGCUUGUUCAGUCUGCGCCUCUUCAUCUCUCUCGGUCCAAAAAUCACCCAAAACACAGCAUCAUGAGGCCGACGUCCGUAUUCCUCGGUUUGCUCCUCGUUCUGCCUCCUGUCUUCUGUGGAGAUUCCAACAACGCGACUACAAUAACGACACCAAGGGCAAACACCACAAACAUCCCUGAAAGUGCAUCUCCAACCAUCACACCCUCCACCUCCGUCUCCUUCACCACGACAGCUUCACACAAGCGCACGGCCCACACCACAUUCUCAAGCACGCACAAACCUCUGCCGACGACGGUGCAGUCCGGAGGUUCUACUACCAUCACGCCUUCCACAAGGUCACAUUCGCAAACGUCAAACACCGUCUGCUUGAUCCUCUUCUUCUGCUUCUUAAUCGUGUUGCUCGCCUUCGCUUAUAAAUGGUACACUGAUCACGGACGUCCCUCCUUCCCAGAAACCAGGAGGCUUCUAGCGGAGAGCCUGAGGAACACCUGGGCAGUGGCUGUGGCGCUUCUGAGACCGUCUCCCAAAAAAGACGAGAACGGGGAGGACAUGGAGGCGGGAAUAGCCGAGGCAGGAGAAGAGAAAAAGCAAGGAGAUGAUAACGAGGACGACGAUUCGUCUGAUGAUUACUCGAGCUUGGGAGGCGGCGGGAUGAUGGAGAAACCGAUUAAGGACGAAGAAGAGGACAGGAAAAGUAACCAACAAGAAGACAGCAUGUCAUCGGUGGAGCUGAAGGAGGAGACGACGGAGCCGGAGAAGGACGAUCUUACGCUGCUGUGAAACAUGGUGGUGGAAGCACCACGUUAGCUGGUUAGAAGCGUUCGGAUGAUUUCAAAGUGGGAGGAUGAUUUCCUCGAAUAAAUAAAUAUUUUAGGAUGUU